AAGAUAUUUUGAAAAUGGAGUGUAUACUUAUUUAUGCUGAGCACCGUGGUAUAUUUAGUGUGUGUAUGUGUGUGCUGAUACAGAGAAGCGCACGCACGCAGAGGGAGAGAGAGAGAGAGAGAAGCAGGGCGUUCGUGUUCUCUCUGUCAAAGCUCUUGCGUUAAGAUUCUCCCGGUCACGCCUGCCGCAUCCAGCACAACCGGGAAUAGCGUUUCCCUCCCGUCAGAACCCGACACACAGCAGAGAGAAUCGUUCGCUGUCGGUUGAAGAUCUCAGAAAAGCCGCCGAGGCCUGCGCUGUUUUCCGUCUCUAUUGUACGCAGCAGCCGUGAAUCCAUGACAGCCGCAUCUUCCAUUGAUCUGUUGAUUUCUGCUGGAUCUUCUGCAUCUCCACCACCGCUGUCCUUUACCACAUCACAACAUCUGGCCACGAACACCUCGCUCAAAUCCCACCGAAAAAUCCUCGUUUUGACGAAGAAACCCUCUCCCGUUUAACACACAUGCUGAAUGUAACGUAGAUGCGAGCGCAGCCUUUUUUAUUCAUAUAUUCCGGUGUUUUCAGUCGUCGUGUGGCUAUUUGUGAUUUAUUCAUCAUCAGCCAUCGUUUACACCGAGCAGGCCGUGACUUUUAGUCACGGACACCAUCCACGAUGGGUUUCUGCGCUAAAUUUCGCGAUUGUUGUUGACGAUCGCUGUCUUUUUUCCUACCCUUCACGGAUUUAAACCGUUUUUUCCGUUGGUUCGUGAGGACGGGGAGCGGCGCCAGGCGGGAUUUCGCGCCCGCAGCAAACCAAACGACGCAUUUAUCUCUAAACUCACUUUUAUUUUCAAGACUGAGAUUAAUAUUUGUUUUCUGUGAAAAUCGACUGUCUACCAGAGGAGGAUUAUCGUGUGUACGGCCACGGAGUGGGAGCGGGGAUUUUACCACACGCAAAUAUAGCAUUCUUUACCUCACCUGAAAUCAGUAUUGUGAAUAUUACAGAUAUUUAAGCCUUUAAUCGUCGACUAAAAUAUUCCAUCCACCCGAAGAGGAUCAUCUUCAGCCCAUCGUCUCAUUGCAAUACCCUUGACGAUCAACAGUUCGUCGCGUAAAGACGACAUGCCUCAAAAUCCGCGCGAAUAAUCGGAGCGGUUGAAAGACUCUCACAAUGACUAAUACUAAUAAACCAACAUGUCUCUCGACAACACUCGCGGACGCUUUUAGUGAUAUAUGCUAAUUUAUCUCAUCGAGAAGGCCAGGAGACUGUGUUCACGUUGGAUUUUGUGUUUAUCAUUAAUAUUCUGCGCACUGUAAGGUGGAUUAUUCCGAUCUGAACUAUCAUGUUUUUGGUCUCUUUACCGUGUGGAAGAUGGCAGCUGAUUAAAUUUUAAUCUUGAUGCAUUCUGGCGACACGAGAGCAGCAGAGGAGAAGCGAUUGAGUCGGGGAGGAGAGGCGAGAGGAGAGGGAGAGGAGGAGAGGAGGAUGUAGGGUGGAUACGGAGUACCACAAGGUUCAUCUUACUCUUCAGGAACUCUGUCCUGCCCCUUUCACCUUAUCCGUUCCUCUGUCGUUACCAUGGCACUAUCACUGUGGUUACUGUGGAUGUGUCCUGUGUUGCUUAGCAACAUUGCUCCCUCCGAACAAGGUCUGAGUCGAGCCGCGAUGCCCUUUGGUCUGAUGAGGAGAGAGCUGGCGUGUGAAGGUUACCCCAUCGAGCUGCGCUGCCCAGGAAGUGAUGUCAUCAUGAUUGAGACCGCCAACUACGGCCGCACAGACGACAAGAUCUGUGAUGCCGACCCCUUCCAGAUGGAGAACGUGCAGUGCUACCAGCCUGACGCCUUCAAGAUCAUGUCACACAGGUGUAAUAACAGGACGCAGUGUGUGGUGGUGGCCGGUGCAGACGUGUUUCCUGAUCCCUGUCCUGGAACUUACAAAUACCUGGAGAUCCAGUAUGAGUGUGUCCCUUACAAAGUGGACCAAAAAGUUUUUGUCUGUCCUGGAACACUGGUGCGCGUGCUGGAGCCCAGUUCGGUGCGGGAGGCGGAGCAUCAGUCGGGGGCGUGGUGUAAAGACCCCCUGCAGGCGGGCGAUAGACUGUAUGUGAUGCCCUGGACGCCCUAUCGCACCGACAUGCUGUAUGAAUACGCCUCCUGGGACGACUACAUUCAAAACAGAGUCACCACCACGUAUAAGCUGCCGAGUCGAGUGGACGGCACUGGGUUUGUGGUGUAUGACGGCGCCGUGUUCUACAAUAAGGAGCGAACGCGCAACAUAGUGAAAUAUGACCUGCGAACCCGCAUCAAGAGCGGCGAAGCCAUUAUUGCGACAGCAAACUAUCAUGACACCUCGCCGUACCGCUGGGGAGGAAAAUCUGACAUCGACCUGGCGGUGGACGAACAUGGGCUGUGGGUCAUUUAUGCCACCGAAGCCAAUAAUGGACGCCUGGUGGUCAGCCAGGUGAACCCGUACACGCUGCGUUUCGAGGGCACGUGGCAGACCAGUUUCGAGAAGCGCAUGGCGUCGGACGCGUUCGUGGCGUGUGGGAUCCUGUACGCCGUGCGCUCCGUCUACCAGGACGACGACAGCGAGGCGGGAGGAGAUCUGAUCCUGUACGCCUACGACACACGGAGGAACCGCGAGGAGCCGGUCAGAAUCCCCUUCCCGAACCCCUACCAGCACAUCUCCUCCAUCAGCUACAACCCCCGAGACAACCAGCUGUACGUCUGGAACAACUACAUCGUGCUGCGCUACCCGCUGGAGUUCAGCCCGCCGCAGCCCACCACCGAUCCGCUCUCCACUCCUCUUCUCUCCACGACUCCGCCCAGUUCUCUCUCCUCCACCGUUUCCAUGGGCUUCAAUCCCACUUCCGUCCCGUCGGUGACCUUUCACCCAGUGGGAGCCAUAAACCGGGCUCCGGCAGGGCGUCCCAUCACAGCCACGGUCCCGGUGACUGUCAGGCCCCCCCGCCGACCCCAAGGGCCCCGGACACCGAUGUGUGAGGGCCGCGUGACUCGGGGAGUGCAGUGGCCCCCGACACACAGAGGAGAAACAGUGGAGAGACCCUGCCCCAAAGGAUCUCUCGGAAUAGCGUCGUAUCAGUGUAUGUCCGAUGACGUGGUCUGGAACCCUCGAGGUCCCGAUCUCAGCAACUGCACCUCUCCCUGGGUCAACCAGGUCGCUCAAAAGAUUAAGAGUGGAGAGAACGCAGCUCAUAUCGCCGCUGUGCUUGUCAAUCACACCCGGGGGCGGGUCUAUGCUGGUGAUGUCACGUCCUCUGUGCGUCUGAUGGAGCAGCUGCUGGACAUCCUGGACUCACAACUGCAGGCGCUGAGACCCGGAAACAAAGAGUCGGCCACACGCAACUAUAACAAGCUCCAGAAGCGAGAGCGGACCUGCCGCGCGUUUAUUCAGGCGGUGGUGCAGACGGUGGAUAAUCUGCUGCGUCUGGAGGCGCUGGAGUCGUGGCAGGACAUGAACUCCACAGAGCAGUCUCACACCGCCACCAUGCUGCUGGACGUGAUGGAGAAAGGAGCGUUCCUGCUGGCCAACAACCUGUACGGCGGACACUUCAGCGACCGCGCGCCCAACGUCGGUACGACAGUUCAUAUGAUCACACACACACACAUCUAG